AUGUUUUUCUUUCUUUGCGUUGCUGGGCUGUUUGUAGCAUCAUGUGCCGGACAAGUGCAACAAAAUGGAGCUGUAGGUGAUACAGUUUGUCAAGAAUACAACAAGUAUUAUAAAAUACAGGGCAGUUGUGAUUCCUACAUCGAAUGUAACGCAUACAAGGCAACAUACAAGACUUGCCCCGAUGGUCUUCACUUCAUCCGCGAUGUAGAAUGGCCCACAUACCCUUGCGCAUAUCCGUCAGAUACGCAGUGCGACGCCCAAGACGCACCCCAGCAAGCAAUGCCAACACAAGAAUGCGAACACCAAUACGGAUUCUUCGCGUCGCCAUUAGCCACUCGCUCCGACUGUGGCAAAUACCGCAUGUGUGUGGAGGGCAAAUCGUUCGAAUUAGAGUGCUCAAUGGGUCUUGCCUUCAAUCCUGAGACCGGUCGCUGCGACUGGCCUGAUCUCGUCCCCACUUGCGACGCAGAGGCAUUCCUCGGUUUCAAAUGUCCUCCCGCUACGUACGACGAGUUCGGCAAAGCAUACGUAGUAAACUUCAGAUUUUUCGCGGGUGCCCCUCUGCGUGUCUCGGACAUGGAAGCUGCGCCCCACGCUCGCGCUCCACGCACUCUUUGCAAAAUGCUCAACCCAAACCCCUCACAAACAGGCGCCACGCAAAUUCAAACUCACGCCGCCGCCGUCGAUGAUAUAGUUUGUAAGGAAUACAAUACCUACUACAAGAUAAAAGGUAGCUGCGACUCAUAUGUAGAAUGUACCGCGUACAAAGCGACAUACAAGACUUGUCCCGAUGGCAUGUACUUCAUCCGAGAUGUGGAAUGGCCCACGUACCCUUGUGCUUACCCAUCCGACGCACAAUGUGAUGACAACGACGCACCUCAGCAAGCUGCAGCGUCACAAGAUUGCAAACACCAGUACGGAUUCUUCGCGUCACCAUUAGCGACUCGCUCAGAUUGUGGCAAAUACCGCAUGUGUGUCGCGGGCAAAGCAUUCGAAAUGGAGUGCUCAAUGGGUCUUGCCUUCAAUCCUGAGACCGGUCGCUGCGACUGGCCUGAUCUUGUACCUAGCUGCAACGCUGACGAAUUUCUUGGCUUCAAAUGUCCUCCUGCAACUUACGAUGAAUUUGGCAAGGCUUACGUGGUUAAUUUCAGCAUCGCUGGUAGCUGCCACUACUUCUUCUCUUGUAUGGAGAAUGUAGCGCGACUGUUGCUAUGUGACUCCGGUUUUGUGUUCGACUCUACCGUUAACCGCUGCGUGGACGCCACUCGCGCCACCCAAAUUCAAACUCACGCCGCCGCCGUCGAUGAUAUAGUUUGUAAGGAAUACAAUACCUACUACAAGAUAAAAGGUAGCUGCGACUCAUAUGUAGAAUGCAACGCGUACAAAGCGACAUACAAGACUUGUCCUGACGGCAUGUACUUCAUCCGAGAUGUGGAAUGGCCCACCUACCCUUGUGCUUACCCAUCCGACGCACAAUGUGAUGACAACGAUGCACCUCAGCAAGCUGUAGCGUCACAAGAUUGCAAGCACCAGUACGGAUUCUUCGCGUCACCAUUAGCGACUCGCUCCGAUUGCGGCAAAUACCGCAUGUGUGUCGCGGGCAAAGCAUUCGAAAUGGAGUGCUCAAUGGGUCUUGCCUUCAAUCCUGAGACCGGUCGCUGCGACUGGCCUGAUCUUGUACCUAGCUGCAACGCUGACGAAUUUCUUGGCUUCAAAUGUCCUCCUGCAACUUAUGAUGAAUUUGGCAAGGCUUACGUGGUUAAUUUCAGCAUCGCUGGUAGCUGCCACUACUUUUUCUCUUGUAUGGAGAAUGUAGCGCGACUGUUGCUAUGUGACUCCGGUUUUGUGUUCGACUCUACCGUUAACCGCUGCGUGGACGCCACUCGUGUCGAGUGCCAUGAAGGACGUUGA